CGUGUGGAAACACCUUCAACACGUCCACACUCAUCCACACACGCGAGAGGAAGAGAGAGAGAGAGAGAAAGAGGGAGAGAAAGGGGGCGGCGAAUCGUUUGCCACCCGCAUAUUUUCUUUCUUUUAACGUCCUCUUCUCUCUCUGAAUCUCUGUUUUCCCUCCUAACAUGGCAGCGCUCUCAGCCUGGUUCUGGAACGAGCGCUUCUGGCUCCCACACAAUGUCACUUGGGCGGAUCUGGCCGACCCCGCGCCCGGGGUGGAGUACCCUAAAGCCGGUCACUUGCUCUCCGCGCUGCCGCUGGCCUUGGGGAUCUUCGCGGUGCGGGUCGUCUUCGAGAGGUGUAUCGCGGGUCCAUGUGCCUCCAUCCUUCAGAUCCAGACAGAGUUGAGUCGGAGAGCCCAGCCCAACGCCGUUUUGGAUAAAGUGUUUACAUCCAUCACAAAGUCCCCAGACUCGAAGCACUUAGAGGGUCUGUCGAAGCAGCUGGACUGGGACGUCAGGAAGAUCCAGAGAUGGUUUCGACAACGGCGGAACCAGGACAAACCCAGCAACAGAACCAAGUUUUGUGAGAGCAUGUGGAGGUUUACAUUCUAUCUGUGUAUAUUUACGUACGGGAUCCGUUUCCUGUGGCAGUCUCCCUGGAUGUGGGAUACGAGACACUGCUGGUACAAUUACCCCUAUCAGGUGCUGAGCUCAGGCCUGUAUUAUUAUUAUAUCACAGAACUGGCCUUCUACUGGUCGCUCAUGUUCUCUCAGUUCACAGACAUCAAAAGAAAGGAUUUCCUCAUCAUGUUCAUUCAUCAUCUGGCGACCAUCAGCCUGAUCAGUUUCUCGUAUGUGAAUAACAUGUUGCGUGUGGGGAGUCUGGUCAUGUGUGUUCACGACACUUCGGACUUCCUGCUGGAGGCCGCAAAGCUAGCAAACUACGCCAAAUCCCAGCGUUUAUGUGACAUCUUGUUUGUGGUGUUCAGUAUGAUCUUCUUUGGGACGAGAUUGAUCAUUUUCCCCUUCUGGAUUCUGAACACGACGCUGUUCGAGAGCUGGGAGAUCAUCGGGCCGUACCCGUCCUGGUGGCUCUUCAACUCUCUGCUGCUGGUGCUGCAGCUGCUGCACGUCAUCUGGUCCUACCUCAUCGCCCGCAUCGCCUUCAAAGCCAUCAUGAGAGGAAAGGUGGGCAAAGAUGAACGCAGUGACAUCGAAAGCAGCUCAGAGGAAGAAACCGAAACGACACUCAAAGAGCGAAUCAAGACGGCUCAAUCCCGAGGAGAGAAUGGCACCAACGGCCAUUUUGGCUCUAAACCCUGGAGCCAGAACCACAACACCUGGUGACACUCCCUCCGUGUGGCCUUGCACACACAGAACUCAUGUCCCAGAAAUAUCACGAUGGCACUACUCCUCGUCCCUGUACCAACAGCAGAAAUGACCAAACACCAAUGAAAUCACCCUGUUGUGGGACUUUUGAGACUCAGUGACGGAGUUUGGGGCGUCAUUCCAGUGACAAUGGGACAGUAAUGACAAUAUGGCCACUAGGAGAAGCUUGUGAAAGAGAAAACGAUUAAAUUAGUGAUAUUUGCAUUCCCUUCUUCUCCGCACUUCACAUUUUACUGAAGUUUAGGAAAGAAGAUUCUCUGCGGAUUUUAAUGGUCAGAUGUACAUGAGUUUCCAUACAGUUGCUUCUCUUCUCGUUUUCAUUGUUUGUUUUGAUGUGUUUGUAAUUUGUUUCCUGUGCUGUUUUUCAUUCCGUUUUUUUUAUUUUAUUUUUGGAAACCAAAUAAUUAUUAAAAUGAAAGCUGGGCCUUCUGUAUUAAGACACUUUCUGAUUAAUAGGAAGCUGAAAAUAAG